AGAAGCCAUAUUGAAAUCUAUGAAGUCGGCUUACACUUUGAUGGGACUCCGACGAUUUGGGAGUCUUUAAAUCGCUCUGCCAGAUUUAAACCAACGCUAUUGUACCAGACAUUCCGCUUAAGACUAUAUCAGCACUGGGAAACAAGUUGUCUCGUCUCUUUAGCGGAAAACAUGAGUCCAACGGAUGCUAAACGCGGAGCUAAACGCAGGAAGAACAAGCGGGGCGGUGGCAGUAGCUGCAGUGCUGUCUGCAACAGUAGUGGCAAGGCCGGGGUAGUCCCGGCCUUAGGAACAGCAACACCUGAAUCUGUGGUCAGUUUUUUAACAUCUGGGAAUACAGGCAACGGGAACAUGGGGUCCACCACAGGAAUUAACGGAGAGGUCAAAGUGAACAACAACGUUACUCCACAGUUUAAGGAAGGCCCAGUAAACGUUGACUUCUCUGGAGUCCUUCAGACUCCGUUCACGUUCGGCCUGAACCAGCGAGCGCCCUACACAGCCGGCGAUUGCUGCCUUCUGUGUCGAUGCGAGCGUAAGGACUGCAUGGUGUCUUCAGAGGCAGGCGUCCUGGGUCAGAACGGUACGGCACAGCCCACCAACUCAGCCAGUGCCCUCCAGCUGCCUUUGUGGGUAUGCUCAGACUGUAGACUCACAGUGGAGAAGGAAGAUAGACGUUCGACUCUGGAGCAGUCGUUAGGGAGCCAGGACUUCCUGUUGCAUAUGCCUGUUGGUAGUAGAACCCUGUCCCAGGAGGCAGCCACAGUGAACAGACUGACUGCUGCGCCGCUCCCUACUCCAGGCCUCAAUGCACAACUGCCUCCAGAUGCAGUUUGCAGCUGUGAUGCCUGCAACGAGAGAGGGGAUGUCUCUGUCGAGUCGGAGAGGGAGUCGCAGCAGCUGCAGAACCACUGGUCAGAGGUUCGCUACCUGGUGCGUUGCAUCUAUCGUCAGACAGGAACGCCACUUGCAGAUGACCAAGACCAGCCCCUGGAGAGAGACCGAGAGAGCAUGAAGGAACUGGUGGACAGACUUUGCGUAAAAGAUCCGUAUCAGCUUUACCAACGGCUGGAACAGCAGGCUCGAGAAUAUGUCUUGGAAAUGAAGGUGCGGUUACUGAAGCACCUUUCUGCCGGUUCUAAGACUGCAGGAACACCGGGGACUGUGGCUGCAGCCCAGGGUCCUCCUCAGGCCCACCAGUUCAUAUCGCUGCUGCUGGAGGAGUACAGUGCUCUCUGUCAAGCUGCACGCACCAUCAGCAGUUUCCUGCUCACCCUGGAGAACGAGCACCUCCAGAAAUUUCAGGUGACGUGGGAGCUGCACAACAAGCACCUUUUUGAAAGUCUGGUUUUCUGUGAACCAGUCUUACACAACAGUUUACCAGCACUAAUUGCACAGCUGAGACACGGUACAGCCUCUCAUGAUUCAUAUAAUGAAGACAUGUACCGGACUCUGUUGGAAAGCUACCAGCAGCUGGAGCAGGAGAUGGUUUCUGUGGCUGCUCAAUGGCAGGAGUGUGAGAAAAGAAUUGAUGACUACGUGGACGAACAGUUGCUUUUUAAGGUGGAGGGUCAGAGUCUUAACAACCAAAGAACAGAGGCACACAAAUCCUUGGUUAGCAAAAAUACUUUGACAACAAAGCAGCGAAUGCUGAAGGAGGACUGGGAGUUCUUUAAGCAGAGAAGAUUUAUAGAAGAACAGAUACCCAACAUUAAAAAGACCACCGCUGGAGAUAACAAUUUUACAGACACAAUGAGGAUGCUCUCGUCUCGUCUUAGUAUUUCAGACUGUCCGAACUGUAAUUACAGAAGAAGGUGCACAUGUGAUGACUGCAGUCUGUCCCACAUUCUAACAUGUGGAAUCAUGGACUCUCCCAUUGCUGAGGACCUCCACGUCAAGCAGCCUUUGCAGGGGGAGCCCCCUCGGGACUACCUACCAGAGGUGCACCCCCCCAGUCUGUCCUCAGGUAGUUCAGCGUCUGGUUCAAACUCCAGUUCUCCCAUUACAAUCCAGCAGCAUCCAAGGCUCAUUUUGUCUGAAGGGGAAGUCAGCACUUUUAUCAGUGAUUACGAAGAAGUGCCUGUAUUCUCCAGUAAGUUUGGGAACAUUUACCCUUUAAACAGUUACGAAGACAACAGCGUUGUGACAGCUUCUGUGAACGGACUUCAUAAUAACAUCAACGGAAAGGGUGGAAAUAUGACACUGAAGGGAGGGUCUCCUCACAUUACCAGCAGCAGUAGUUCAUCAGAGGGUGACGAAGAGGAAGCUAAUGGGGAGGCCAGUGGGGAGCCCCCUGGGAAGCAGGAAGAGCUUUCCCUGGGAAAGACCAACAGCCCUCCACCCUCUUAUAACCACCAACAGGUAGAACAAGUCCAGCAUGCCUGCGAGUGCCAUGUGUGCAACCAGGACGCCAGCUCCUCCACCCUGGGCCCUGCCACAUGUCUGCCCCCCAGUGGGCUUCAUGCUGUGCCUCCCCCUGUUGUUGGACACCAGUUCUUCACAGACACCAAGGCUCCCCCUGCACACCCUGCCUUUCACCUCUACCCACACAUUCACGGUCACCUGCCCUUGCACAACUUCUCCCGUCCCCUGCUCCACCCAACACUCUACCCACCCAGCCCUCCUCUCACACACAACAAGCCUCUGUCCCUGAACCCUACAUCAAACCACUCAGCGGCCAAGCAGCCGGCUCUCAGCUCACCGUUGCCAGAUCAUGCGUACCAGAACUGCUGUGGUGGUACAAGUGAAGCAAGUGACUGUAAUAGCUCACUGCAGUGCCUCUCUCUAAAGUUUGAAAAUCUGUGGGAUGCUGUAGUGAUGAAGAGCUUGAAUUCCUCUAUGUUGUUGCCCGAAUGCCUGCCAGGUGACAUGCUUGGACCACCUCUCCCUGAUGUGCCCCUCCCCCCAACAUCCUCCACUGGCUCCCAGUUAGAGCACAAUUCGCUGUCCAUGCCUCUAUCCACAUCCUCCUCCUCAUCGUUGUCAUCCUCUUUAUCGUCAUCGUCAUCAACAUGCUCCUCUUCAGAAGCCAAAGAGCCGAAGAAGACUGGCGCCAAGAAAAAGUGUCUCUACAAUUUUCAGGAUGCCUUCUUAGAGACCAACCGUGUAGUGAUGGCCACCUCCGCUGCUACAUCAUCCGUGUCCUGCACCGCCACCACUGUCCAGUCAAGUAAUAACCCACCCAUCCACCUUGCAUCUAAAAGACCCAACUCGAUAGAUGAUGUAUUUCACAGUUUAGGUAAAGAGGACCACAGACAACCCACUUCAGCCGCCCCUAAAAAUGGUUCCACGGGACUGACUUCUCUCCCGCUGCUCACGAGCCCUGCUUUACCCCCCGCACCCACUUCACACCUCCCCAUAGCUGGUUCUCAGCCCUUUCCAAAGAUGGCUGUUCAGGAUCCAGACUUUGUGGAGGCUCAUCAGGGUCUGUGCCUCCCACCUGCAGAACCUCCAGCCCCUUCAAUGGAUGGUCCUGCCAGCGCCCCACCUAGUGUCUGCAGUGACCCCGACUGUGAAGGCCAUCGCUGUGAAGGAAACGGGUCGUAUGAGCCCCAGCCUUAUGACGGAGAGGAGAGUCAAGAUGAGGACAGCUGCUCCGAGCACAGCUCCUCCACCUCUACUUCAACCAAUCAGAAGGAAGGAAAAUACUGCGACUGCUGCUACUGCGAAUUCUUUGGACACGGAGGGCCCCCAGCUGCUCCUACCAGUCGUAAUUAUGCAGAGAUGCGAGAGAAGCUACGGUUGCGUUUGACAAAACGCAAGGAGGAACAACCGAAGCGCGAAGAGCAGCAGCCAGUGAUCGAAAGAGAUGUAGGGGUGGAGGACCACAGGCGGGUGGAGGACCUUUUGCAGUUUAUUAACAGUGCUGACAAUAAACCGUCUACCAGUUCCAAGGCAGCCAAACGAGCCAGGCAUAAACAAAAGAAGCUGGAAGAGAAGGCUCGUUUGGAGGCUGAGGCCCGUGAAAGGGAGGAGCAACAGUUGUUGGAAGAGCAACGACAGCGGCAGGAAGAGGAAGAGGCAGCACUUCAAAAGGAACUGCUACGGCUGCAGGAGCUGCAGCAGCAUCGUGCUGCCAAGAAGAAAAAGAAGGAGAAAGCAAAUGAAAACACAGCUCCCCCUCAAAACAACCCACAACCUCUCAAACAGACAGCUCAGAACGUCUUGGAUAACCUUCACAAUGGGAGGUCACGGCUGCUUCAAACACUUAUUCGCCUCCCUGACCGGAGGGAACCCAAACUGAACCCCUUGUCCCAGCCCAACUCACAGCACAGCUCAACAUACCCUGCUGCAAAGGCUGUUUCUAACGAGACCAACAUCCCAAACACCACAGGUCCCCUCCACAAUGGCACAUCUCCCGUUGAAGUUAACAGUAAAGCUAAAUCCAAGCAGUCAGGAAAGGUCGUUACGACCGAGCCUGCUGUAAAAAUUGUCCCAGAGUUAGCGAAAAGCUCUGGGACAACAAAGACUUUUAAUGGCAUCGCUCCCACCACUUCAACAGAUGCCAAAUUAUCACGAAUCGGACAUGCUGAGACCGCAGCUUCUCUCCCAGCCACUGAAUUGUGCAGGGAAGAGAGAAGUAAUACCAGAUGUAGCAGUGAGAAAAGGCAGCAGCAACAACCCCUUACCCAAAUAAAAGAAAACAGGACAAGCCCUCUUGUGUCAAACUCUUCUCCCUCUCCCCCCUCAACUUCUCAGACUGAGACCCAGCAGAAUGGCAAACCCCCCGGUGCAGAAUCACCACAGCCCAAGAGCAAGGCUAAGAAAAGCAAGAAAAAGAAGGGGGACAAGAUGAACACAUCUAUAGAUGAUGUAUUCUUGCCCAAAGACAUUGAUCUAGAUAGCACUGAAAUGGAUGAGACUGAGAGGGAGGUGGAGUAUUUCAAAAGAUUUUGCUUGGACUCUGCCCGUCAGACCCGUCAGCGCCUUUCUAUCAACUGGUCGAACUUCAGCUUGAAGAAAGCUACAUUCGCUGCACAUUGAGGGCGUUGGCAACUAUGGGAACACAAAUCAGUACCUUAACAGCUAUACAAACCCACCUCCAACCCCUCCAUCCCUGUCCUGUGACAUGCACCUCACACACUUCUUCUCCAGCUGUGCCCAGGUCACACCCACGCUGCCUUGCUUUGUCCUUGUCGCUGUGUGGUAACAACACACAUCUGGACUGAUCCACCUGCAGAAAUCAAUAUUAAAUAUUAUGGGGAAAAAAGAAUCACAAAAUUCUAUUGGUCAUUGAUUAAUUUCCUUUGCGUGCUCGUGUGCUUUUAGUCAUAAGUUUCUUUUGACUGAACUAGCCAUGGUCUGAAACUGUUUUCUCAAACUGGCUUUACCUGUAGUCAAAAGAUGUUUUAUCAUGUCUGGAUGGAUUUCUUAAAAAAAAAAUAAUAAUAAUGGAAAUAAGGAAAUGAGAAAUAUCAGAAAUUAAAGCUGUAUUUGAGAUACUGUGCUUACGAUCCUAUUGUUCCUAGCGUGACGUCUAGUCCAAAUGAUUGACAGAGGAAUAAGCUUGGUCUACUGGUUUCCAACUCCCCUUCGCCCCCACCACCUCCACCCUGUUUC